AAUCUAGCUCAACCAGAGUCUUCUUCAAUCCCAACUGCCAGCCUACCUUUAGGCCAUGUACAACAGCCCAGAGCUCGGCUUGAAAAGCCGAGCAAGUCCCGAGAUUAACCAUGUAUCUUGCGAUCCAUCUUCUAUCUUCCCUCUAAACAAACCUCCACAACCAGCAGGCUUCGGAUUUCCAGAUGAGGCUCCAUCUGUAUUAAGUUUAAUCCAUUCAUUGGGAGGGGUUGCCCAAGCUAUGUGAGCUUCUAUUCUCCUUUCUAUGCUACGGUGCUACCUAUCAUCAACUUAACUUUGUUGAAAGCUAUUGUUAUCUCAUGAUACUAUUGGAAGCAUUCUCAGGUUCUUGUGAAUGGUGGGGAGAAAAUUUCCCUGUUUCGCUAUUUCCAAAUCAUCCAAGUGGUUGUCGAUAGUUAACCACUUAAAUUUGGCUAUUUUGUCCAGUUUCCAUUACUAAAUUCCAACGGAAUCACACCAAUAUUCUCUCGUUUUUUUUUGUCAGAAAUAAACAAUGUUAUCCAAUCAAUUAAAAUAGCAAGGCAUAAACCCAAUAACUUGAAGUCCCCAUACAAAAAAGUAACUCCUUACAGACAAAGAGAAUAUAUAUCACCUUCUACCAAAGGAAGAGAUAAAAAGAAAAUUUAUCACGAUUUAACAAAACACAUGAUGUAUUGACCCCGAAAGAAACGCAAGAACAAAACCCGAUUAACAUGAUAGAUUUUUUGGAUAAGCUGAUUAACAUGCAUGGAUGUGGAUUGACUACUUCUCUUCCUCUUCCUCCUCCUUUGACUGCACCCAACAACUUCCUUUCUCAAAUUAGCACACAACUAUGCUUGAGAUCCCUUCUUUCCAUCCAGACCCAAAACCCGUCACUUUCUUUCAUACCCACUUGCAAAUAUAGAUAUACAAGUGCUUUCAGAUACGGGAAUCAUGGGAUUCGGAACAAUCGUGGCAACAGACCAGUGGCUAUGAGAGCAAGCCGCGGAGAAUCUCCGUACGAGAUUCUGGGAGUGUCCCCAUCCGCAACUUCCGACGAAAUCAAAAGGGCCUAUAGGAAACUUGCCCUCAAGUAUCACCCUGAUGUUAACAAAGAGGAUAAGGCGCAGGAGAAGUUUAUGAGGAUAAAGCAUGCAUACAAUACCCUGAUAAAUUCUAAUUCCCGCAGAAAAUAUGAUUUUGGAAAUCGUGGUUCUGAUUAUUCAUAUUCCUCUUCUCAAAGAAGCCAAAGUAGGAGCACACAAGAAGAAGAAUUUUAUGGAUUUGGUAAUUUUGUCAGGGAUGUUCAAAUAACAAUAGAGGACUUUUUUAAAGAUCUUCAAGAAGAAUUCAAGAACUGGGAAGCUAAUGCUGCUUCAGAGGGACAGCCAAAGAGCCUAUGGGAGGAAAUAGCGGAAAUAGGAGAAGAAUUUGUGGAGUUUCUUGAGAAAGAACUCAGUAUUGUUGAUACAGAAGCUGAUCAAAAUAACAAUGAAACAACUCAGGGUGGAAAUAAAUCUAACAUGUCUGGGACAGGCACACCGGAUAAUGAAGCUGGCAAAGGAAAAACAAGCAUUGAGGAUAACCUUGAUGAUGUAGAAGCCACUCUGGCCAAGUUAAAGAAGGAACUAGGCUUAUAGAACAGAUGGAUUAGGUUCCAAGUAGGCCGGGACCAAAAGCCAAUGUUUUUCAUUAAAGAUUGCCCAAGUGGGCGUGUAAAGUUCAUGUGCUUUGUGUUGGGAGCUCAAGUUGUCAAAUUCAUGAGCAUACUCUUUUAAUAGUGUUUUAAAUCCUCAAUUUACACGGAUUCCAGAUUUGAGACCCUGAAUAAUUUUAUAUUAGUAGGGUCUCAAAAUACCACAAAAUGAAUAUAUUCUGUUGGGUUACUCAUUUCCCCGUUAGAGUGAA